AUGGUUGCGCGACCUGGCAAGAAGAGGAAAGUGAACGACGAUGAUGAUGAAGUUAAGGUCGUCGACGACGUCUUCGAGACCUGCACUUCUGCUCAGCAUGAGGUCAUCAACCUUGCCGCCAGCAUUGCUGCCAGGCGAGCAGAGCUCGAGCAAGAGAAGGCCAAGAUGCUCUCCGAGAGCUUGCGAGAGCAGGGGAUCAAGCAGGAGAAAGACUCUCUCCUCUUGCUCAGACCCAGCAGCAUCGUGAAGCUAAACGUCGGAGGCACCAAGAUUGAUGUCAAGCGCAGCACAGUGACUGGCUUCCCGUCGAAGCUGAGGUGGAUGCUAAGCGGGCGGUGGGAUCACGUCUACAAGCAUGACAGCGAAGGUCGGAUCUUGCUGGACUACGACGCCAGCUGGCUGGAGCCUAUCAUCAACUACCUGAGAGAGCUUGCCAUGCAGCAGUCGCCGAUGCCGAUGGAGCCGCCCAAGGUGGAUGGGGAGAAUGAGAUCGGCUUCAGAUACCUGACGCGAGCGCUGGGGCUGGAUGGUGUGAUCGUGAACAACAAGCAGAUGGAUGUCGAAGAGGGCCUGCUCAAGUCAUGGGCAAGACCACCCAUGACUCAGAGCAUCGCGUCAGCCGUCGGAUGUGGGAAGGAACGCUGCGACUUCAAGCUGCUGUACCGGGCCAGCCGAGACGGCUUCUCGAUAGGGACGCAGCAGCAAAAGUGCCAGGGAGAGUCGAACACCCUGACGAUCGUGCGGGACACUGACGGAAACGUUUUCGGAGGCUUCUCGGACGCAGCUCGAGAGUUUAACGGCAGUUACUCGAGGUCGGGGAAGAGUUUUCUCUUCAAGCUCUCUUCCGGAGAGAUUCAGGACCCAGCAGGCCUAAAGCUCUUCCGGGUGCUGCCGGGAAAGGAGGAGAAGGCAGUCCUCAAUGACCCUCAGUCCUAUGCCGCGUACGGCGAUGGUGCGGACUUGCGCAUUGCCAACGAAUGUCAGAGUUCAGCGAUCAGUCGGUGCAACCUGGGGCACACGUAUGAUAAGUCGGACGGACAACCUCACGAGCUCACAGGAGGGAAGCCGAACUUCCAAGUCGCCGAGCUGGAGGUGUGGAAGGUGUCGCUGGAGCUGGACAAGGCAAAGGAGGCUCCGCCUACUGCAGAGAGGAUCCCUCGUGACUGCAGCAAGGUGCUAGGAGGGCUGACGAAGCAGUUGGACGCGCUCGAGGCCUUCCAGUACAAGCUGCUGACGAGAGGAGUGGAGUUGUGCCAGGAGGCGCGAGUGCUGGACGAGGAGGCAGAGGACCUCAAGGCGGAGAAGGCGUACAUGAAGGAAGUGGCGAAGGCGAUUAGUCAGGAGAAGGUCGUGUUCUUCAACGUCGGGGGUAGGAAGCUCUACACGAUGAAACAGACGCUGGCGCUUGUCCAGGGCUCCAAGCUUUACAAGAGAUACGCGAGCGGCAAUGGAGAGGUGCCGGAGGGCGACCUGGACGACGACGGAGACAUCUUCCUGGACGUGAACCCUUACUGCUUCGGGAAGAUCGUCUCGCACCUCCGGACUCGCAGGCUGCAGGAGAGCCUCAAGGAAGACGUGAAAGGGCUUCCUCCUGCCAUGCUCCAGGUCAGGGCCACGGAGGAGGCGUCGUUCAAGCGGAUGCUGGCCUUCUUCGAGCUGGACUGGGACGAGCUGGAGGGAAGAAACCUAGACCCUCGUCUCCCUGAUUCCAUCUUCUCCCGCCACUACUCGAAGCUGCAGCCAUACCUGUCAAACUGUACUGUGGAAACCAAGUGGAGGCUCGUCUGGCGAGGCAGCAAGGACGGUUAUUCAGCUGCUGAGAUACACAAGAAGUUAAGCCAGCCGGUAGUCCAGCGCCAGCUCGUGAUGGUGAAGGAUGGGCAAGGAAACAUGUUCGGCGGCUUCACAGACGUGUGGCAAGUUGGGGGAACAGGUUACAUCCAUUCGGCUUCCUCCUUCUUGUUCAGCCUUCGUCGAGCAGGACUGACUGAUGAGCAAUCCUUCAAGAUAUGUGGUAUGAAACCCGGCAUGAACAAUCACGGUAUGCUGCUUGGCGACGGCAACAUCUACCACUUCGGUCAAAGGGACUUGAUAAUCGUUACUAACUGCAACAAGAACAGUUCGAGCUCCUGCGGCGGCAUCGGAAACACCUUCAACAACCAUGGCGUACCUCAUCUGCUGACUUCAGGAGCACCAUCCUUCAAAGUAGACGAACUCGAGAUCUGGACUUUGGCCUAG